UCAAGUCGGCCGGUCGCUCCGUGUGUCACGGCAAGUCAGUGCGAACCCGACCGCGCGCUAGGGCUGUGUCGCGCCACUGCACAACUUGCUCCACACGACGAACUUACUUCCCGUUUGUGUUUCGUUACGCGAAAAUACACAAAACUUUCGUGUUCAACUUGCGUAAAAUUUAAUAUAACUUUACCGGAUCAACACGAGAGUGAUGGACGAGAUUAAUGCCUGUUAACAAAUUAUUUGUUAAUUAAACUGACCAGGUUUGAGUGGAAUUCAUGUUCAGUGAGUGUGGCGAGGAUGACAACCGCACGUUUAUUUAUUACAGAUCUGUUCCAUGAACUAUGACCAGUUACAGAAAUAUUGUUUCCUUUUAACAUAUUGAUGUAGAUAUAACUGGCCAAUCAAAAAAUGUCGGAUUGUAAACGGUAGUGUUCAAAAUGAGAAGACUAAAGUGGGUGUCGAGGUUGGAUAGCGGCGGUAGGUGGCAGCACCGAGCAGUGACACGUUGAAGCAAGAUGGCGUCGCAUGCGCAGGGCGGCCCGCUGGCGCGCCUUCUCAUACUGGCUGUUUUACAUGUCAAUUUUAUUGCCCUAGGUCUGGAGCCGGACUUCUUGUAUCCACUGGAGAACGUGACCAUCGCACAAGGUCGGGACGCGAUGUUUACCUGCGUGGUGAAUAACCUUGGCGGUUACAGGGUGAGUGGCGACUCCGCCACAGCCAGGGUAGCGUGGAUCAAAGCGGACACGAAGGCGAUUCUGGCGAUACACGAGCACGUGAUAACGAACAAUGCGAGGCUGAGCGUCACGCACAAUGACUACAACACGUGGACGCUCAACAUUAGGGGUGUAAAGCGGGAGGACAGAGGACAAUAUAUGUGCCAAGUUAACACUGACCCAAUGAAAAUGCAGACCGCAUUUUUGGAAGUAGUAAUCCCUCCAGACAUAAUCUAUGAAGAAACAUCUGGAGACAUGAUGGUACCAGAAGGUGGCUCCGCCAAGCUGGUCUGCAAAGCCAGGGGCUAUCCUCCGCCCAAGAUAGUGUGGCGCAGAGAGGACGGAGGCGACAUUAUAUCAAGAGGAGGUCCACAGGGAAAGACGAAAGUAACAUCUCUAGAAGGGGAGAUCGUCAACCUAACAAAGGUCACGCGCUCCGAGAUGGGCGCAUACUUGUGCAUCGCAGCCAAUGGGGUGCCGCCCUCAGUCAGCAAGAGAAUAAUGCUACAUGUACACUUCCAUCCACUGGUGCAAGUACCAAAUCAACUGGUGGGUGCUCCGACAGGCACUGACGUCACUCUUCAGUGCCACGUCGAGGCCUCACCCAAGGCCAUCAACUAUUGGACUAGAGAGAAUGGUGAAAUGAUAAUAUCAAAUGACAAAUACCAGAUGACUGAGAUCAACAGCUCUGCAUACAGCGUGCAGAUGCGUCUCGUUAUCAGGAACAUCCAGAGGAGUGACCUCGGAGGAUACAAGUGCAUAUCUAAGAACUCUAUAGGCGACGCCGAGGGCAACAUUAGGUUAUAUGAAAUGGAGUUACCAAAUCGCAAAUCGCGAGACGACGACGACCGCGACUACUCCAUCGAAGAGACGAACGAUGUCCGUUCCAGUCUCCAGGGUCCGCUUCGGGAAGGUGGACCAAGAGAUGAAGAUGCCAGCUUCUUAGGCGGAGGCGGGCCGGUCACCGCUGCCGCGCCUGCCCUCACCGUGAGCGCUCCCUUUUUAAUAACGACCUUAGUCCUCGCCACAUGCUAAACUUUUACUUAAAGCCAUGUGCAAAGUUAAGACUCUGGCAAAGUUACUCAUUGUAUUUUUAUAACAGUCUCGACUUACGUACAUACGUAGAGCAAAGGUGCAUAAAAUAAUACUAAUUUACCUUUUUUUGAGAAGUAAUUAUCCAUAAUCUUGUACAAUUUAGACAUACAAAUUCAUUCCAAAGUUAGUGUUAGUUCUUAGCGUCAUUUCAUUUUAAACUCAAAGAAUUAUCGAUAAUUUCAAAGACUCUGAAAUUGUAUACGAACUUAUAAUACCGCCCAGAAUUCGUACUUUAUUGAGAUUUAGACUAAUCCACAACGUAUCAUCAAUUUGCUAUCUCGUGUAACAUUAAUCAGUGUAAUUUGUCACGUUUUCGUAUGUAACAUACUAAAUUGAACUAAUUCUUUCGUGUGGGCUUGUCUUAAAAUUGUGCAUGGCUCAGCAGUGUUCGGCAAUUAGGAGUGUGUCUUACUAAUUGGACGUAAGACUGUAUAUCAUUUAGAUUAAAGACUAUAGUACUAAGUACGGUACUUAACGUGGUACUAAAUGCGAAGUGUAGUGCUAAUAAUGGCACUUUUUAUAGCAAAUGGUGAAUGAACUAUAAGUGUAAUACAUACAUAGUCACUAGCAUAUUUCAUCAGAUGUCAGCUUGUAACAGUGUAAAUGCUUUAUGUAUAUGUUAUACGAUACAUAUAAAAAUAUUUAUUUUUGAAUCGCAGAUAGUUCCUUGAAUAUUGCGGAUUGAUUACACGUCUCAAUAGUAUAGAAAAAUUACGUUUAAAACAAUAUUACGUACAUCAGUGAAUUGUCAUUAAAACUCUUGCAUGAGUCCUGUUUUUACUUUAAAAGUUAUACAUAUGUUUCUUUUAAGUAUCUAGUGUUUAUAUGAAUUAUUUACUUUAAAAUGAAUAUGUCACCAGAGUUUUGAGAAAAUAUGUGUAACAGUAAAGACAACUUAAAAUAAUCUAUAUAGUAAUAUAUAAAGCUGAUGAGUUUGUUUGUUUGAACACGUCACUCUCUGGAACUACUGAUCCGAUUUGAAUUAUUAUUUUUGUGUUGGAUGGUGCAUUUGUCAAGGAAGGCUAUAGGCAAUAAAACACCACACUACGACUAAUAUGAGCCGAGAAGAGCGGGUGAAACCGCGCCUAAGUCGCUAGUUAACUAUAUAGCGAAAUUCGGUAUUUUGUUACUAAAAAUACUGGGGUAAUCUACUAACAGAAUUAACUGCCACGCACAGAGUUAUUUAAUGAUUACUUAACAAAGUCCUUAGCAAUAGUUUCGGUACAAAAUCCUUACUAAGGAAUAGUUUAACUAAUCAUUAAAUGACUCUGAGUACGGCAGUAGUAAGACAUUAAUUAAAAACUGUCUGUCUAAUAGCUACAACCCACAACAUGUUCUAUUAUCGCCUUCUGUUAUAUUUUACCUAUUGUACAAUACUUUCCAUUAAAAUACGAAUUUCAUUUGCGUUGCGUGUGAGCAUGUAACUAAUCAGUGUCAUAAUAAUUGUAUAUCUAUAUAAUCAUAAACUGUUAAUGUAUAUGUACAUAAUAUAACGUAGCUACGCGGUUAUAAUCGUUAGUAUAUUGUUUGCUCAUAUAUUAUUUGUUAUUAUUAUAUAAUAUAGAUGUACGUAUUAUGAAAGAAAUGUAUGUAAAUCAGAAACGCUAUGAAGUAUAGGAGAAAAUUUUGUAAAUUGUUAAACGUUUUUAAUAUUGUUGAAUUUAUGAGAUGAAGAAUAAAAUUAAUUUGUAAACUGUAUCUAAGGUAAUGAAUGGAAGUUUCGUAGUCAUGUUUUACGCGGAUGUCUUGUGUUUUACGUUUUAUUUUUGUGUUUAAAACUGGUUAAGAAUUGUGUAUCUAUACAGCCAGUGUUUAUUUACUUAUUGGCCUUAUGUAAAUGUAUGAUAUUGCCUGCGAAACAAAUAUAAACGAAGUAAAACUUU